AUGGGAGAAAAAGCCAACGAUGGAAGAUGGAGAUAUCGCAAGGGAAUUUCCUCAAAGAACGAUCUCUCCUCCUCAUAUCUCACCCUUAAACCUCCUCCCACCCUCUCCCUCUCCCUCCCUCCCUCCCUUGAACUCUCCACCUCUCCAGAGGUUCAAGCUAGUGAUCUGGUCUCAACUGCAAAGAAGAAGAAGAAGAAGAAGAAGAAGAAGAAGGAGGAGGAGGAGGAGGAGGAGGAGGAGGAGGAGGAGGAGAGGAGGAGGAAGGAUGGAGAGGGAGGGAGGCGAUGGAGAAACUUACAGAUGAAAAAGCAAGUUAAGAAGAAAGACGAAAAGGAGGAGUAG